CCCAUACAGAAGGCCUGCUGCUCUACAGAUGGUGCUCUUCGUCUGGGAUCAAUGACAUUAGUCUAUACCAGGAAUAUUGAAUUAAAAUUCAAGGAGGUCCGGUCACUACAAUUUUCUUCUGGCCGAGGUCCGAACAGGGUGUGCCCAUCAGUGUGCCCCCUUACAUUAGGUGUGCCCAUCAAAGUGCUCCUUUACAUCAGUUGUCCCCAUCAGAGUGCCCCUUUACAUCAGGUACCCCAUCACAUUGCCACCUUACAUCAGGUAUUCCCAUCAGAGUGCCCCCUUACACUCAAAGUACCCUUUUCUAUCAUAUUUCCCCAUCAAAGUGUCCUUUUACAUUAUAUUCCCCAACAGAGUGCUCCUUUCCAUCACGUGCCCAUCAGAGUGCCCCUUUCCACAGUAUGUGCCCAUUUGUGCCCCUUAACAUAAAAUGGGCCCAUUAGAGUGCCCCUUAACA